AUGACCACCAACCGCAACAACGAGCCCACCAAACGCUCCCCGAUCAAACGCAUCCUAACCAAGACUCAAUCCCUCCUCAAACUCCAAAAGACCUACAAAGGCCCCUGCCACCUCCUCCUCAUCGAUCCAGCAAUCCGCCUCAAAAUUUACGCCUUCAUCCUCCCAGACUACGACCAAGUAUCGCCCCCACAAAACUCCCUCAACCCACCUCAUCAAUCCACUAACCAACCUCCUCACAUGCUUCUCCGAACCUGCAGAAGCCUCCGCGCCGAAGCCAGCAUCGCGUACCUGGCCCACCUGGACAGGAUCUGUGAGGAAUGGGGCGAGGGAUUCAAGGGGAUUACGGAGCAGAUGCAGGCGUUGAACGCGGUGGGGAGAGUUGAGGAGGCGGGCGAGUUGUAUGUUGCCGCGGAGAUGGUGAAGAGGGCGUGGGAGGUUGCGUUUUUGAGAGGAGUGUGGGAGAUGGGGAGGAUGGGGAGGGAGGGGGUGAGGGUUGGGGAGGUGUGA